UUAUUGUCACUGGAACAUAGCUGUAAACAAUCAUAAUCACCGAUAUGAUGAAGGCUGUGGUUCUCCUUCUUUUGGCCCUGAUAACAGUGGCCUGUAGCUCCCACGUUGAUGUUAUUCACCACCACAGUAAACAUGGGCAUGGAUAUGGAAUCAGUAGCAGAUAUUUCAAAAAGGGUCAAGGACAUGGGUAUGGAGGCUACUUGCUUGGCUAUGGAAAUCAAGGACUUGGGCACGGCGUUCACAAAAGUUAUGGUCUUGGUUACGGAGGCUAUGGGUUAGAAGGAUACGGUGAUUCUGGGUUAGGAUAUGACAAUUACGACUUGGGAUAUGGAAAUUAUGGACUAGGACAUGGUGAUUAUGGUCUUGGCUAUAGAGGGCUUGGACUAGGACAUGGUGAUUAUGGUCUUGGCUAUAGAGGCGUUGGACUAGGAGGAUAUGGCGUUUAUAACGAUGAAUAUGCAGGUAGUCUCGGAUAUUACGGGUCCAGUGGAUUGUGAUUAAAAGGGGAUUUUUUAGAUGAAUAUGAGACAGAACUGGUAAAAAAAAGAAAUUAUGCUGUUGUGAUGAAAUGUGUAUUUAUUUAAUGGACUACAGUAAAGCACUUGAGAGUACCUACUUAAGGAAAGAUUGUAUUCUUGGAAGAUGUUCUAAGCCAAUUGUAAUGUAAAAGGAAGGAAAAAAAUAGUAAUAAAAAGUGUUUUUUAAAGGUU